AUGCAGUAUGAGCCACUCAGCGACCCGUUGCUCCCUGGUCAGGUGCUACCUCCUUGGGCGAGGGACAAGUUGAGUGCCGAGUCGAAAGAAUGUAUCUCGCGAUUAUUGGCACAUGAGCCCUCGCCGACACGAGACUGUGGGAUGGUGAAGCAGUCGGCUGUCCUGGUCGCUCUAUUUCAGCCGGAAGGCUGUGAUGAGCUUCGAGUCCUGCUUACGACCAGAGCAAAAACUAUGCGGACACAUCCGAAUCAGACUGCUCUCCCAGGUGGCAGGGUGGAUCAGGAGGACCAUUCACCCGUUCACACAGCGUACAGAGAAGCGAACGAGGAAGUAGGACUCCCUCUACCACCUCAUCCUCAUAUCCACCACCUCACAGUCCUGGACCCUCUGAUAACUAUUCUGCCUCUCAACGCCGCACUCCGGAAUCACAUCAUCGUCAUACCGGUGAUAUGCUUCAUCUCCGACCAACGGCUCAUCUCUUCGCUGGUACCGAGCCCGAGCGAAGUUGGGCACAUCUUUUCUCAUCGGCUGAAGAGUUGUCAUUCUGGUAUCGUGCCGGAAAACGAGUUUGCCAGUCUAGCGGAGAAAGACGGCGAGUGGUGGCCGCAUCCAGAGGACAUGCAUUCACAAGAUAAUCGUUUGGGGGUGAUGGGUCCUUAUCGGAUGCAUCGUUUCCGCACAACUCACUCCCCAAUCAAGGGAGUCACAUCCGACGUCCUCAUCAACACAGCCACACUGGCUUAUGGCACGCCGCCGUCAUUUACUCGCUUCGCACCUGGACAGUUGUCCUCGGAACAGGUCAUCGAACGGGUCGUCGCUGAGCUACCACUCGCACUUGCCAAAGAAAGCGCAUUGUCGCCAGAGGAAAGGACCGGACUCAAGGCAUUGCCUUUGGAAUGGGGCAAUCUUGAAUCCGGCGAGCGAGUGAAGAGUGGUGAGACCUGGCAUGAUAGAGUAUAA